AUGGAAGAGGACAAGCCGUGCGCUCUGAUCUCAGAGGCGUGGAGCGAGCAUGCCUACCUGAAAGAGCUGAGUGACCUGCUGAAACAACACUUUCACACCAUCAGCUACAGAGAGUUCCUCCAAAAUCCUGCUCUUCAUGCCCCUAAAAUCCAGGCUAUUUUCAUGUUGGCUCAAAGUCCUGCAGCUGAGCCCUCACUGCUUCGAUCCCUUCCCUCCCUGAAGGUGAUCGCCAAUGGAGGCGUGGGCAUCAACCACCUGGAUCUGCUGUUCAUUGGCAGUCUUGGGGUGAAGGUCACUAACACGCCGGGUGUGGUCAGCGAUGCCACUGCAGAUAUUGGAAUGGGUUUGCUUCUGGCAUCAGCACGGAAGAUUCAUCAACACAUGAACCAAGGAAUCAAUGAGGCUCAUCCCCUUGAGAGGGCGGUGGGGGCGACUUACUGUGAGAACAUGGACGACCUGCUGAGGAGGUCGGACUUUGUCAUGUUGGCUGUGAACCUGACCCCUGAAACCACAGGUCUCAUCGGCCAAAGAGAGCUGUCUCUUAUGAAGCCCACAGCAACUCUGGUCAACGUUAGCAGAGGUGAGCAGGUGACCAGAAGUGCUGAAGAUGAGAGGGCGGUGGGGGCGACUUACUGUGAGAACAUGGACGACCUGCUGAGGAGGUCGGACUUUGUCAUGUUGGCUGUGAACCUGAUCCCUGAAACCACAGGUCUCAUCGGCCAAAGAGAGCUGUCUCUUAUGAAGCCCACAGCAACUCUGGUCAACGUUAGCAGAGGUCUGGUUGUGGACCAGGAUGCCCUGGUCAAAGCUCUGCAGUCUGGGACGAUUCAUGCAGCAGCCUUAGACGUGACUCACCCUGAACCUUUACCAAGGGAUCAUCCUCUCCUCGGCCUGCCGAAUGUGCUGAUAACCCCUCAUGUUGGCACCGAUACCUACCAAACAACAAGGAGGAUGGUGGAGGUGGUGGUCGAAAAUGCCCAGGCUGCAUUGAAUGGCCUGCCGAUCCCAAAUGAAGUGAAACCUUAAUGACAAAACUGUUGA